AUGUCUUCGCAAUAUCGGAGAUCCACGGCCAUUGCCAUUCUAUCACUGAUGCUCAGUCAGGAUUCUACGGCGCAAAAGCGAAUCGUAGGGGGCAACCAAGCCGCCCAAGGAGAGUUCCCAUUCUUUGUGGAUACCAUGGGAGGAUGUGGUGCGUCACUUAUUGCACCUGGAAUUGUCCUCACGGCGGCCCAUUGCAGCGACUACGACUCCUACAUCAACCAGUUCGUCAGCGUGGGAGCCUACCAACAGGGUGGGGGAGCGGCAACCGGCGCCACGAAAUCCAAAGUGAUUGAUGCUGCUACACAUCCACAAUACGAUUCGAUACGGAUCAACUACGAUUUUUCACUGUUACGGUUAGAAGAUGAAGUUUCGUUACCGAUGACGUCCAAUUUUGUCUUCAAGAUAAACAAGGAUGACACAGUCCCAACGAUUGGACAAAACUUGACAGUGAUUGGAUUGGGAAUUAUGGGAGAAGAUGACGAUGACAUGCCUACGAUACUACAAGAAGUGCAAGUCCAAGCAAUUGAUCACAAAGUAUGCAAUCAACAAUAUGAUGACCAGGUCGCGGACGAGUCCAUGUUCUGUGCCGGUGUGGAAGGUGGAGGCAAGGAUAGUUGUCAAGGAGACAGCGGUGGUCCUUUGUUCAUUCGGAAUGGAAAUGAAUACACUCAAGUUGGAAUCGUUAGUUGGGGCGAAGGUUGUGCUCGAAGUGGCUACCCAGGAGUAUAUUCACGCAUUAGUCAUGCAUACGAUUGGAUUCGACAGGUUGCCUGUGGCUGUUGGGAGAGCACUUCGACGACACUGUGCGAAGGCUUUGUUGACACUGGUGGAGAGUGCCCGACGGCACCUCCUGUCUUCGUACCCGAUCCAGACUGUGGGGACUUUCCAGGUUACGUGGAUGAGUUUGGCGAUACUUGCGAAUGGUACCAAAUCAAUGAUGAGCCAGGAUGUGCCGAAUAUGGUGAUAUUUUAGGAGGAGAAGGAUUUGAAGGCACCAAGCCCUUGCAAGCAUGCUGUUAUUGCGGUGGCGGUGGCGAGCGGGCACCGACAGUCUCUCCUGCACCGACCAAAGCUCCAAUACCAACGAGUAGUCCAACCAAAUUUGAUAUCGAUCCCAACUGUACAGAUUACGAAGGCUUUGUCGAUGUGUAUGGAGAUGAGUGCUCAUGGUAUUCCGAAUUUGAUGAUCCGGGAUGUCCCAUUGAAGGUGAAACCGCCGGUGGCAAUGGGUUUGAGGAUGUUACCGCUAGUGAAGCAUGCUGUACUUGUGGUGGAGGAGGCGAAACACCUCCAACGGUAGCUCCUGGUCCCACAACCGCUCCAACAGUGGAGACGUUGCACUAUGGUCCCAAUUGUACGGAUUUUCCAGGCUGGGAAGACUCUUAUGGAGACGCAUGUGACUGGUACAAGGAAAAUGAUACAGGUGGGUGCCCAAUGCAUGGGAACGAAGACGGAGGCUCUGGUUUCACAGGAAUAUCCGCUAGUGAAGGGUGUUGUUAUUGUGGUGGUGGCAGCGAGGAUGGAAGCGCCUUUACCAAGCCUCCGACUCCAAGUCCAACCCAACUUAUCAUUGACCCAAACUGCCAGGAUGUGUCUGGGUUUGCAGAUUUCUGUGGUGAUGGAUGCUGGUGGUACGAGGAACAAGAUACGCCGGGGUGUCCCGAGUGGGGUGAUUUGUUAGGCAAAACUGGCGCUAGCGAGAUGGAAGCCAAUGAGGCCUGCUGUCAUUGUGGAGGAGGGAUUGCCCUUCCGAGUGGACCAGAUCCCACAGCUUCACCCGUCACGGCGCCAGCGACCGCCGCACCAAAACCAACCGAGAUGCCCACUGCCUAUGUGGAAGAUGAAACCUGUGUCGAUCUGGCUGAAUUCAUGGACUAUUUUGGAGACAAUUGCAAGUGGUACCAAGUAAAUGACGAUCCUUUGUGUCCACUAUGGGGAAGUCACCAAGGAGGCAAAGGCUUUGAAAACUACACGGCCACAACGGCAUGCUGCUACUGUGGAGGGGGUUUUAUCCGCACUGGAGCAGCAGCCGGAAACGAAACGAUAUCCGCUGGAGUUGGAAAUUCCGACUUGGAAUCAUCCGUUCCACCACCUACCAGUGUUCCUUCCAAUGAGACUACCGCUGCUACAGGUACCAUGCAAGCGAGUUCUUCCACUACGGCAAGUGUUGGACUCUUGAUACCAAUCGCACUUUUGUUCGCAACAAUUGGGAAGAUGUUUGUAAGCUAA